AGUGGAACAGACAGAACCAGCUGGGAGCUCCUGGGUGGCAGAAUGUCCCUCCGAUACCACCACAAAGUCGUCAUCGUCACCGGAGGAUCCAAAGGGAUCGGCAGAGGGAUUGUCAAAGCCUUUGUGCAAAAUGGAGCCAAAGUGGUGUUUUGCGCAAGAGGAGCAGCAGGUGAGGCUCUCCAGGAGGAGCUCAACCAGAGCGCGCCGGGCUCGUGCACGUUCGUCAGGUGUGACAGGCUGGUCGCUGCCACAGUGGAGCUCCACGGACACAUCGACUGUCUGGUCAACAACGCCGGCUGGCACCCUCCUCACAAACCCACCGAUGACACCUCAGCAGAGGAGUUCAGAGAUCUGCUCAACCUCAAUCUUGUCAGCUACUUCCUGGCCUCAAAAUUUGCGCUGCCACACCUGAGGCAGCGGCAGGGAAACAUCAUAAACGUGUCCAGCCUCGUUGGGACCAUCGGCCAGAGAGACGCGGCUCCUUACGUCGCCACUAAAGGGGCGAUCACCGCCAUGACCAAGGCGAUGGCCGUGGACGAGAGUCGCCACAAGGUCAGAGUGAACUGCAUCUCUCCAGGUAACGUGAUGACCCCUCUGUGGGAGGAACUGGCCGGACGGACAGAAGAUGCUGCAGCCGCCAUCAGGGAGGGAGAAAAUGCCCAGAAUUUUGUGUUGAAAGAAGCUCCUCUCCAAGGAACGAAGAUGCAGAGAUACAGCACUCAACAGGCAUUGGAAAUGAUCCUGAAUGGAGCUGACCCUUGCGAAUCGGAUGGAGAAGACAUCAAUCUCCAGGUGGAUUCAGACUCUGAGCUGUCUCAGUUGUCUUCAGAUGAGGAGAGUGCUCCACAACCAACAAAGAGAUCUCGGCUGGAGACUGAUGCUACAGAGACUGCAAAAGAUGGCACAGUAUGGCAUGAAGAACAGGUGGGAACGGGUCCACAUUUCACCCCACCAUCGCCAUACAGCGCAGACGGAGAGCCAGCAGCUGAGGCCAGGGGGUCAAUCACCAGUCGCCUUCAGAGCUUCCUUUGUUUCAUCACUCCGGACAUGCUUGGCAUCGUUCGAGACUGUACAAUUCAACAUGCGAUGCAAACUGAGCCUGUGGAUUGGUUCGUGGACAUACCUGAACUAAUGGCAUUUAUUUCCAUCACCAUCGUGAGGGGAAUCUUCAAGGUGCCAUCACUGCCUGACUGUUGGUCGAAAAACCUGGGAAGCCCACACAUCAUGGACACCAUGUCCCGAGGCCGUUUCCAAAACAUCAUGCAUCACCUGCGCUUCGAUGACAGAGACACCCGCAGCGAGCGAGCACAGACUGAUAGGUUCGCUGCAAUUUCAAACGUAUGGGGAUUGUUUGUCACCAACUGCAUCACAUCCUACCUUCCUGGUCAACACAUCACCAUUUACAAACAACUUUUCCCGUGCAAGACUCGCUGCUGUUUCCUACAGUACAGUGCAACUAAACCAGACAAGUUUGGUGUCAAGUUUUGGGUGGCGUGUGACUUGAAAACCAAAUACGUCUGCAACAUCCUCCCGUAUCUCGGCAAGGACCCCACUCGGCCUCGUGGGGAGAGAGUGUCUGAGAGUGUAGUCAUGAGGCUGAUGGAACCAUUCUUGGACAAGGGCAGAAAUGUUACCACAGACAAUUUCUUUACAUCACUGUCACUUGCAAAACGACUGCUUAGCCGGAAUACAACCAUCCUCGGCACAGUCAACAGGAUUCGCCAAGAAAUCCCACCGUCAACUCUACAGGUGCACCGCGAGGAAUUUACCACCCAGGUAUUUUCAUCCACUGGUGCCACGCUGACUGCGUAUGCGCCCCAGCGGAAGAAGACCGUGUAUGUUCUCAGCAGCAUGCACAGCACGAUUGAGACACAGAAAACCACCAAAAAGAAGCCAAACACCAUCACACUCUACAACACAACAAAGUGCGGCGUCGAUAUCAUGGACCAGAUGGUGCGGGAAUACACUGUCCGCGCAGGAACAAGGCGCUGGCCAGUAGCAGUGUUCUACAACAUGAUAGACAUUGCAGCACUGAAUGCCCACGCGCUCUAUCAAUUAUGCACCGGGAGAAAGGAAAGACGGGUGGAUUUCCUGUUUGAACUGGCAAAAGAGUUGGCUCACUGCCACGUGGAUAUGAAAAAGGCCCAAAAGGAGCAAUUGCUUCAGCAACAACCCUCCACUCCAGAACUCGGACAAAGAGCCAAGUGUCAGGCUAAAAUCAAAUGCAAGGACAAUCGUGCAACACUCCUGGGCCGAAUGGGGACGGAGGAGGAGCGUGGGCAGGCCGCUCUGUUCCUGGCCGCUGAGGCCACUUUCUGCACCGGCGUGGAGCUGCUGCUCAGCGGAGGAGCCGAGCUCAACUACGGCUUCAAGAGCCAGGUCCCGGCCUGA